UACGCGCCUCGCGACACACGGCGGAGGAUGUUGGAUCGCGACACGGCGAUACAUCUCGUCGCUGGAGGAGUGGCUGGUACUGCAGGAGCGAUAGUAACUUGUCCGCUUGAAGUAGUAAAAACCCGAUUGCAGUCAUCGUCUUCCGGCUUUCAUCCACCUCCAAUAAGCAAAGAAUUUACAUCUGGCCAUCCAACAUGCAAAGGUUCACCGACACCCGAACAACGUAGAAGGCUCUGCACUGGGUAUCCCAGGUAUUCCAGUCACUUCGUAGCUCUCUCACAUUUUGGUGUCUCGACUUCACCUCCGGACUCUUCCCGAAACGCACCGGGCAUUUAUCAAUGCUUAAGGUACAUCAUCAAGAAUGAAGGUGCACGAGGACUGUUCAAAGGCCUUGGUCCGAAUCUCAUUGGUGUUGCACCCUCCAGAGCGAUAUAUUUUUGUGCAUACUCUAAGAGUAAAGUUGCGUUCAAUGCAAUUUUACCUCCCGAUACUCCGAUCGUCCAUGUUUUCUCCGCAUCCUGCGCUGGUUUCACCGCGUGUACAUUGACAAAUCCGAUUUGGUUCAUAAAAACCAGACUACAGCUGGACCACCGAUCACAAAAAGUCACAGCGAUAGAAUGCACGCGGAGGAUAUAUCGACAAUCGGGUAUCCUGGGAUUCUACAAAGGUAUCGUGGCAUCCUACAUAGGCAUAAGUGAGACUGUGAUACACUUCGUGAUAUAUGAAGCUGUGAAGGCGUGGCUAGCCACACAUAGGUCGCGUGCUUCUCAGACAGAUGAUAGGAAAACGUUUCGUGACUUUAUCGAAUUUAUGGCUGCAGGCUCAUUUUCAAAAACGAUAGCGUCUACUAUUGCUUAUCCUCAUGAGGUCGCGAGAACCAGGCUGCGGGAAGAAGGCAGCAAAUAUCGUACAUUCUGGCAAACCUUGAAUACUGUAUGGACGGAAGAGGGCACGAAGGGUCUUUAUCGAGGCCUUGGCACUCAGCUAAUUCGGCAGAUUCCGAACACUGCUAUCAUAAUGGCAACGUACGAAGCGGUAGUGUAUGUACUGACCCGACACUUCCGGCCGGUUACGGUGGUGACAUCCAGCACUGAUGUAACAUCGGAAUUCUACAAUGAGGCUAAAACGAAGAGAGAGCUGGCCUAGGACUUGCUUACGGCCCCCGAGUAAAGGGCCACCUAUCAACAUUUCCCCUUCUCCAGUAGGCGAAACUGCACGUACUUGGGGCAGCAUCCUAAGAUCUAAUCGCACAUCUAGGCACAUCGAGAGCAGUUGGAAACGCGUUCGAUGCCCUAAUCAUUGCUCCAGGGGUACUCAAAAAGGUACCAGCUCUUUGGUCGCACUGUGCUCUAAAAGUAUAGCAAAAAGUAGCCCUUCCUCCUUUCAGAUAGCAUGUACAUAUCCAGACAUGGACCCGCUGUAUCUCGCAGGGAGAAAAAGAGAGAGGUGAGGGAGAGAAAAGGGGAAUUGAGGAAAGCCAGAUUUUAUUUAGCGUCGGAUAAACAAAGGCUGAGACUUCGCUUCUCGUUCGCAAUAAUGUGGACGUGCGUGAAUAUCGC